UUCCUGGUCUCUGUCCAAUCAGGGAGCAGAGACUCUCCACAUAUUUAACUCUAUGAACGUGUUAUGAUAAACGUCCCAUAGAGAAAAAUGUAGCUGUUCAGUAACUGAAUAUUUACUGUAGUUAAAUAUUCGGUUCUGUUGGAUGGUUCUGCUCAGACUCUGAAAGUGAAUCUGUUGCUUUAAAUCAUCAACAGAACAUUUCUAUGUUGCUCCAAGCUAACGGGGCGUUUCCGUUGCCAGGACCGUUGCUGUCCAAAUGCUUUGGUGUUUGGGUUUCCCAUCUGUUGAAAGCAGAAGAUGAUUGGUCCAGGAGAGAAGAACAUGAUGCUUUGCUGCGUUUGUUUCUGUCUACAACAGUAAAAUCAUUUCUCUGAUCCGUCCUUCCUUCUCUUGCUCAGCUGUAAAAAUCUUCCUGCCGUUUUCUUUUUCGUGUUCAGACUCAGCUGACGGUGCCGUCGCUCCACCCUCACCGACGCUUUCAAUCUGUUGCUAUGACAACGAUCAACCACCCAAACAAUCAAUUUAAUCAUUUAAAGUAAUCAAUUUGACCAGCGUUGGCAUUAAAAGAUAAGUCAAAAGAUUCAGAAGUUUUUCAAAGAAUAGAAAAUUCAAAGAUUUUAACCAAGUAGAGCAGAACCUGGAUUUAUUUCUGUUGAAAACAUCUGGAAUAUUUGGUUCUAUUUUUCCAGCUGAAGGAAAAAUUAGUUUCUGUUUCCAAGAAUUUAAAGUAUUUAAACUGAGCAGCAAAUGAAGGAGGAACAGGAAAGUUCUGAGACACAAGAAGAUAUUUGGAUGUUUUCCCUCCAUCAUCCCUCCAUCAUCUCUCCAUCCCUCCAUCAUCCCUCCAUCAUCCCUCCAUCAUCUCUGGUCAUUUCCUGAUUUUCUGCAGAAGAAGAAACUCUGUCUCCGUUCUGCUGCUUCCUCUCUAAGUUGAGUGUAAAUGUGAGGCGGCGUUUGGACCCGGACCAGAACUUCCUCCUCCUUUCUCUAAGUGGUUUUCAGAGAAGCGUGUUUAAAGUUCCUGGCCUGUUAUCUGCUGCAUUUCAUCACAUCCUGGAGCGCUGCCUCCUCUUCCUCCUCCUCCUCUUCGUCGCCUCUGACCUCAGCCUGAAGGGAGGAAGCUGCGGUUGUUCUGAUCGUCACUCUGAGUGCUGCUGCUCUGCGCUCCAGACCCGACCCGACCCGGCACGCUGCAGCAUGGCCUCUUCGCUCACCCUCCUCUUCCUCAGCCUGCUGGGCUCCUCGCGCGCUCUUCCUCCUCGGUUCUCCUUCCCGCUCAGGUCCGGUACUGGAAACCAGAACCGAGUCGCCAAAAUGACCAACAUGGCCGCCGCGCUCAGCAUGUCUGCCUUCAUGAAAACAACUUAUAACCAGAAUGUGAUUCAUCAAACUGAGCAAAUCUGGCAACCAAACCGUAACCACAGCUGGUUCAAUGUUCAGAACGUAUUUGUUUAAAAACAGGUUAUGAUUCCUGAUGCUCUGCAGGCGUUAAAGAUUCAGAACCAAACCGGUUCUGGAAAUGAAACCUGACAGAUACUGAGGCUUUUUAAACAUUAAAAACUUUACAUGCAGCAUAAAAACACUUUUAUGUCAUCAGAGUUACUGUGUGUUUAUUUAUUUAAAUUAAAAAUAAUUCAAUAAGCUUAUCACACAAGCAGCUUAUGGAAAUAUUAGGGAACAAAAACAUCCGAAGCUUCGCUGAGCUGCUACAUCAUGAAGGGAAAUGAUUGAUUUGUUGAUUAAAUCCUCAUCAAUAUAAUCCCACAAUCUGAAACCACAUGAAUUUAUUUUAACUGAUCAACCAGAGGAGUUAUUUAUGGUGUAACAUUACUGAUGACUGUCCUGGGUGUUCCUCAGGGAUGUGUGUUGGUGACACUUUAUGUUUGUGAAGGACUUUGAGGUUUCAAACGGGUCCAGACCUGCAGUCCUUCCUGAAGGAUCCUGCGACGCCUCCAGCCCAGACGGGUCACGGUUCCUCCACAAACUUCAGACUUUUAUCAAUGUUUGUUUGUUGCUGGGUGUUUUUAUCGUAUCAAUCAGAGGCGUUUUGUUUCCUGUGACACAAAAUUUGCUCUACCGAUUAUUUGAAGGCGCUCAGACAAAGCGGCGCGUCUCUGCAUCUGUGAACCGCAUCCUGUCUGAGGAGAAGCCCAGAAACAGGAAGCUGCCACUGAACAGGUCAGCUGACAGACGAACGCAAGUUUCUUCACCUGGCCUGUUUUUGAUCACUUUAAUUCACGUCUGAGACUCAGGCAGACUGACGGAGGCAGACCUGACGGAGGCAGACCUGACGGAGGCAGACUGACGGAGGCAGACCUGACGGAGGCAGACCUGACGGAGGCAGACCUGACGGAGGCAGACCUGAGCUCAGCGACGGCCCCUACUCACCAGAAAGACCUUUGGUCCACUUCAACCUCGCAGACGUCAGCGACACCACCACACUGUUGCUUAGCAACGACAGCUCCACCCUUUACGUCGGAGCUACAAACGCCAUCCUCUUGCUGAAUGUCAGCCGGAGUGAUGUCAUCAGCCUGUGGGGUCAGGUGACCUGGCGUCCGUCCGAGGCCGACAGAAAAGACUGUGCGUUCAAAGUGCAGGAUCCGGAGGUAAACGGGGAUCCGAUUGGUCCGAUUCCACCCAGAACCCAGUCUGAUGGAAGAGGAAACCCUUACCACUGCUGCAUUUUCAACCCUGAAACGAUCUUUUCUAAUAUUUCCAUCAUACAAUAUUUUAACUGCAACAUCAAAAACUGAGAAAUGCAAGAAUGGAUCAGGAGCUGGUCGGUUGGGUCGGUUCUCCAGAAUGUGGGCAGGAAUGAUACGGGUUUUAUUUGAGUUAAAGGAAGCACUCUGAGUUUCACUGAACCAUGAUUUAACUGACCGAUCUGCAGCCAUCUGCAGAUGAGAAAUGGGCCAAACACACAACCCUGUGGAACUCCAUAACUGUCCCGUUGUCCUCGGGUCAAAAUGACCCACCACUGUGUUCAAACUCCCCAAACAUCCACGAAAUGUUAUUUUAGGACAACAGGAGGGAUAAUUGCAGCUGGAUCUCAAUAUUUAAAUAUCUUUAAGGUAUUUUUCACAGUUGGAAAGUUCACAUGGUGUCACUGUUGGGACUUUCCCUGUGAGAAAAAGCCUCUGCUUGUCAUGAACCGAUGGUCUGUGGUUGUUCAAGAUGACAAAUACACCAACCACUAGUUUAGCACUUCACUAACCGAAGAUGAUUCAAAACCUGCCUGUGGAGUUUCAGCCAUUUAUCUCCUCUGUUGCCCCAAAAUGAGCCCUUCCACACUUUGACUACCUCCAGUCUCAAAGCUUCAGAAAGUUGCUGUGAAUUUUCAGUUGUUCAACAUGAAAAACCAAACAGACCCAGAACUGCCAUCCGUUCUAAACCUUCUCUCAGAUCUCAGAUUAACCGUCUAGAAAACCGAGUUUUGCUUCAUCUCUGAGCAGGAAACCAUUUGGUCGAUCAGCCAAACGCUUUCCUUCACUUGUUCAAAGUAACAUCUGCUCCAGGGCCAUCUGUGUUGUUUCCUUUCUGCUUGCAGGUCGACUGUCAAAACUUUGUCCAUGUUGUUCAGCGAGUAAACUCCACCCACCUGUACGUCUGCGGCAGCAACGCCUACAACCCUCAGCAAGCCUUCAUCGACAUGGAGAAUAUGUGGAUGGUCCAGCAGAACGAAGCUAGAGGGCGCUGUCCGUUCAGUCCUUUUGAACGGAGCUCUGCAGUCAUCAUUGACCAGGAACUCUUUGCUGCCACAACCACCAACUUCAAGGGAAGCACGCCACAAAUUUCACGAUUCCUCAGCAAAGAUGGCCGCCCAGACAUCAGCCUGGACUCCUCCAUCAGUUUGCUUGAGGAUCCAAAAUUUGUGAGCGUGUCAUUGGACCCGGCAGAACAGAAACUCUACUUCUUCUUUUCUGAAAUCGGGAAGGAGUUCAGCUUCGUGGACGAGCUUCAGAUUCGGAUUCCCAGAGUGGCUCAAGUCUGCAAGGACGACGUUGGAGGACAGAGGAUUCUGCAGAAGAAGUGGACAUCCUUUGCCAAGUCUCCUCUGCUCUGCCAGCCUCCAGAACAGCUUCCCUUCAACAUCCUGGAGGACAUGUUCACCCUGCAGCCACCAGAGGGCGCCGACGCCUCAGAAACACUGUUUUAUGGCGUCUUCACCUCCCAGUGGUCCAGGCGGUCUGAGUCUGCAGUUUGCACCUUUAAGCUGAAGGACAUCCGAGACGUUUUUGCAGGAAGCUUUAAGACGCUGGAGAAGGGAAGGUAUCAACUGAAACCCCCAACAGGACGACAACACCUGGGACAGUGCGGCCUCUCCAACUCCUCCGACGCUCAGCUUUCUGAGGUGAAGAUGAGCUACCUGACCGACAGGAGCGUGAAACCAGUUGGACCAGUUUUUGUUUUUCCUGAGCAGAAAUACAGUCGUGUGGUCGUCAUGAAGACAACAGCGGCCAACAGCCGGCAGUACGACGUCCUGUUCCUCCUCACCGAGUCCGGGUUCCUCCACAAGGCGGUUCCUUCGGAUCAGGACCUUCGAGUCGUCGAGGAGAUCCAAGUGUUCAGGGAACCUCAGCGGGCCAAAAGCAUGAUCCUGUCUUCCUCCAAGGGACUCGUGUAUGUGGGAACGUCUGAGGGAGUGACGGCGGUACCGGUGGCCCGGUGUCUGAGCUACCGGAGCUGCAUGCAGUGCAUCCUGGCCAGGGAUCCGCUGUGUGGCUGGAGUCCGACCCGCAGAACCUGCACGGGUCUGGACGGCGCCGGCGACGGCAUAGUUCAAAGCCUGGAGAAAAUCACGGGGGACGAAUGUCAGCCGGCAGAACGGAUCCUGCAGCACCGAGACGUCUUUGUCCGGCUGCACGAAGUCGUGACGCUUCAGUGUGUGAAGCCGUCUAACCUCGCCGUGCUGCGCUGGAGCUUCGCAGACGACCUGGUUCUAUUGGACCGGCUCUUCAUCCAGGCAGCGAACGGCAGCCUCCACUUCCAGGCCUCCUCCGGGACCUUUGGGAUCUACCGCUGCGAGGCGGAGGAAGACGGACUCAUGGAGGUGGUGGCGAGUUACGACGUCCGGCAAGCGGUCAGUCCUCGCCAUCUGUCGAAGGUCCACCAGGAUCCGGCGACCCGGGGCCCGGAGGAGAGGUCUGUUGGGACCGAGAAGCCGGCAGUGAUCCCGGUUUCAGACGCAUCAGAGGAUGAAACCUUCAUCACCAACGACUCCGACCCAGAGGAGCGCGUGACUCAGGCUAAAGGUGAUCCGUUUUCCGUCCAGGAAAUAGUCCCGACCUCCAGGAAGGACAGCCGGUCCAUGAAGAACCCGGCUGAGGAGGCACCGACCCAGAAGAGCUACCACAGCGAGCUGGUGGUGGUGUCCCUGCUGCUGGCCGCUUGCGUCCUGAUCCUGGCGGUCGGCGCCGUCCGCUUCUGGAGGCGGCGGAGCGCCGGUUCCGGGUCCGACCGGCUGCCGUCUGCAGACAACGGAACCAGAACAAACACGUCCAUGGAGAUCCACUCACUGAGCGCCCUGGAGAACGCGGGUCCGGACCGAACCGUCAUCCCGUGAUGGAGGUCUGGACGGGUCCGGACCGAACCGUCAUGGGGUCCAGUGGCGGCUCCGGGCCGUUCUGAGGCUCCAGAGUCAUGAAGGACUUCCCAGCAGUUCUGACCCGUUUUCAUUCACCUUUAGGUCCAGUAGAUUCUGUUCCCAGUGACUCAGUCUGAAGUUCAGAACCACAAAUCCUUCAACGUUCAGAUAGUUUCAGUUUAAAGGUGUAGCGCCCUUUUACAGCAUGAUCAAGUAACGGUCACCUAGUCAGAAAAUGUUAGAUACACAAAUAUCAAAUGAAUAAAAAGAAAUGAGACUUCCUGAUUUAACGUCUUCAAAUUGGGCCUCUGUCUCUUUAAGAAGCUCCUGCUUUUCCUGAAGCUCCGCCUCCAGGAAGUCGUCCAACAUGGCUCCUCUAUUAACCCUUUACAACCCUUUGCUUUGAGCAGCAGCUCCUAUAAAGAGCUCAGUUGAUUGCUAAUUGCUGCUGGCUAGUCUGAAGGAGUCUGUGGGCGGAGCUGCGCCUUGGAGGCGGAGCCAGGUCCACCACCUGAUAAUCUAUUCAAUAAGAACCUGACACAGGAAGCUGGGUUUUAUUUUCAGGUUCUAAAGCGGGAAAAAAGUAAGAACAAAAAGUUUUUAGCGUUUUAUUUCUAAAUGCGUAUUCUAAAAUAAUAACUUUUCUUUCUGUCCUUUUCCUGAAAAAAUUAAUCCAUGUUCUGCAUGAAUAUGUCCCAUGUAGAGUGAUGUGUUUAAGCCGGUAGGUUACAAAACGUUUCUGCAGCACAGCAGCAGUUUGACUUUAAUGUUUGUAAUUUUUCAUCUUAUUCUGUUAAAAAAUGUAAAGUUUUCUUUGCUAUUUUAAGACAUUUAAAUUUAUUUCUGUUCUUCCUCAGACUGUCCAUGUUUCCUGUGCAGCCGGUUUCUCAGGGACGAUUUGUCAUGAAUUAUUUAUUUUGUCCUGUUCUUUCAGACUCAGAUGUAAUUUAUGGCUGUAAAUAUUUCAGUGUUUUUCAGACACGAUCAGCUGGUUUUCUGCUCCUCUUUGUGUUUUUAUUCUGUUUGACUGUGGCGCCCUCUGGUGGCACAAAGUAUGUUUGUAAAUUCAUGUAUUAAUCUGACAGAUUAAUAAAAGCUAAUAGUUCUGA